GCCCGGACGGUAAUUGCCAAAUAGAACAAAAUCGUCUUCCUGCUUGUACAAUUAAGAAAGAAGAAUCGAAGAAAUAGAAUCAGUGAACGAAAUGAUUGGAUUUAAAUCGUUGUUUUCGAUAUUUGCACUCUUAGUAGUGUGUAUAGCAUUGACCAAUAGCUUGCCAGCUCCAGAACCUUAUGGUGGCUACGGACGAAAAAUAGCAAUAAUAAAAAUAAAGAAGGUUGGGUAUGGCGGACACGGCCAUAGAAGUUACGGACAUCGAGGAUAUGGAAAUAAAGGCUAUGGAGGUGGUUAUGGUGGAGGUUACGGCGGUGGUUACGGGGGAGGUUACGGCGGAGGCGGCGGUUAUGGUGGAGGAGGCGGUUUUGGCGGCGGAUUCGGCGGAGGAUUUGGAUUUGGAGGAGGUUAUGGCAAAGGUUAUGGAAAAUAACCUCAGUAUUUUUUA